AUGUUAUACCACAACUAUCUAAGAGAAUAUCCCUUUCCAUCAAACCAAGAAAUUUACUAUGGUAUUUUACCCUCUUUGGAUUUGAAUUCUUUAAAUGAUGCAUUAGUUCCUUCUCAAAUUAUUUCCGAAUAUUCUGAAAAUUUUUCGGUCAGUAAAUUACCAGAAAAUGAACCUGAAGUUUGCAAAAUUAAUGUUAACAAUCUAGAAAAAAGUAUAAAAAAUAUUAAUGAUCGUAUAACUAACGCUGCUAAUGAUCAAUAUAAACCUUCAUAUAAGCAUGAAGUGUUUGUAUUCACUUUUCAAAAACAUAACAUAAGAAUUUCACUUUAG